AUGGCGAACAUGUAUCCGUCUCUCGAGGGUACGCUCUACGUGCAAGCUGGAGGCUGCUUUCCUGAGGAUGCGUCCACCCAGUAUAGGCCCGCGGAAUCCUCCAAGAGAACGCCUGGCGCUCCCGCAUUUGCGUCGUCCUUGUGGUCCUCUUCACGAAUCACAGACUCGGCUUCGAGCGGAUCAUGGGAGGAGAGGUGGUGCACUUUGAAUGCGGGCACACUGUACAUGUACACGGACAGGUGAGUUGCUUGCACCUUGACCACCCCGAUGCGCCUGUCAGCAGCUGCGGACAUGACUGCUGACGCCGCACCACCACCACUCACACCACAGCACGACGGCAAGUGCGACCCCAGAAAGACCCAUCAAGUCGGUCUCACUAUCGCACUAUGUCACAGUCCGCAACAAAGACGGACAUGAUAGCGCAUCUAGCGACGAUUUACCAGAGUUUGAGCUCAUCGCACGAGCCAGCAACACCAGUGAAGCCUUUGACGCGCGAGAGCCAUCAACUUUCCCAGCCCCAGUGCCCUCUGCGGAUACCUCUGCUGAGCAGCGCAAGAGGCAUCGUAUGCUCCCUCGCUCUGCGACGAGCGGCAGUCUCAGUGCCGCAUUUCAUCGGUGUGCCGACACCUUUACACCUGGACAAUCUCGCCAAGCCUCCGAAAGCAUGCGAGGUCCUUUGUCUCCUUCAGGUUCUGGAGGCGUGCAUCAUUCCUCGCCGUCUGAAGGCCAGGAUGACCGCGAGGCGUGUGCAGCUCAAGCCGACGGCUUCAAGGAGAAUCGACGAGGAAGCGGACGGUGGACCAAAAUGUCGUUGGGCUCCAAGCGUCUUCUCAAGCUGUUGUCCGGAGGGCCGGACGGAUCGUCGCAGGUCAUGUCACCCACGUCCAGCGCGUCUUCUCUCUCCAGCCAAGUGCGACGUGAUCGAUCAUGGACGUCCAACUCGAUGCGAGACUCGAAGAGUCCAUCACCGGAAUGCGACAGCGUUCAAUCUCACGGAUCGGCUUGGAGCUACGCUAUUCCCGUCAUGCCCACGACCAACAUGCGCCUGCGGGCCCCAGACGCCCACGCGCAUAGUCGGUGGACAGAUGCGCUCUGCUGCUCCAUCAAUCAGAACGGUAGCCCGCGACGGAAUUCCGUCUCAUCUUCGCGACCUUCGAGCAGGCACAAGCGACCUCCUGUGCCCCCCUUCAACAGCUCCGAGACCUCUCAAGUAAAUACUUCGCGUUCCACCGUGCUGCCAGCAUCCCAAUCCACGUCUUCGAGGAUCAUCAGAUCUGACUUCACGGCUGGGCGGAUAUUGCGAAGGAGGGAGGGUGAGAAUGUUCCCGAGAUGUCAGAUGCUAAUGCGACUGCCCUGGCGCUUGCUAGGAGGUCCUCUGGAGGGUCGAUGCAUCGCUCAAGCCUGAGCGUGCCGCGCGAUAGCCACAGCUCGACGUGCAGCAGCGAAGUGAGCGGCGCAAGCCUUCUCAGCGCUCAUAGGCGGCCAAGCACAUCGACUGGAACGUCGAUCGAAGUGUCGAGGACGAGCUCCUCGAGCGCUCACCGACGGACUGACUCCAAAAUCAGCUCGCCUCCACCUGUGCUCACUGCGUUGAAGCUAGAAAGUAUCAACAGGCUCUCCUCGCCCAAGUUGCAAUCAUUCGCCUUCGUAAAGACUUCGGACAGUGCGAGCGGCGUCGAGGGCGCGAGACCGACCAGCAGUCAAAGCUCCAACAGUACACUCGACGCCUGGACGCAGGCUGCGAAAGGAGGGUCUGGCAAUCAGAAGCAAAGUCCUGCUGUCGAGUCGCUCGAAGUGCCCGACGACAAGACGUCGGCACAGAGUCGCUUCAACAUGCUUCGCAAAGCCUCGGCAUCGACGAUGACGGGCAGAGAGUUCAAUGGAGCCUGCUCUGGACUUGGGCUGCACCUCGAGCAGAUUGGGCGAUCUACAGAACCGAGCUCCUUCGUCUAUGGCUCGCGCGUCGGGACCAACAAACGAUCAGCCAUCAGCCACGGAGCGACUUCGCCUGUCACGCCUACAUCCGCAGAGGGUCACGCGCUCGGUCGACCCUGGUCGAAAGGACAAGGAGGGCGAGAAGCCAGCAACGAAUCUUUGCGCGCGCCCGAUCAUCCUUAUGGCUAUGGUUCCAUUCUAAGCGCGAGCGUAUCCAGCGAAUCACUGUCUUCAUCUUCGUCCUCUGCACGCAAGGCUGGAUUCAUGCGCACGCCUUCGCUGUUCAACCUUGCUGCGAGGUUUGGCGGCAACAGCUCGAUGAGACCGCCACGGCUGAACAGGCGACGCACCGAGGGCAGAAGCUCGACCAUCGACUCUUGCUCCCCGAGCUCCGAGUUCGUCAAGUCCGACGAAAGGCAGGAUUUCGGCGUCAUGACGGGCGACGCGAGCAUUGACAAACGUCUUGCGAAUGUGCGUUCUCAAGCUGUUGCUGACGAUUCGGUGAAGGGAUCAUCGUCCCUACCUGUCAUUAGUCUAGCCUCCUGCACCGAUGUACAAGAUGGCAACGGUCGCCAACGCAAUGCAGGUCCAGCACUGUUCCCUGCGAGUCAAGCAAUGGCGCAACAAGGCUCCAGUAGAACGACUGCAUCUGAUUUGACUUCGCCUUGCUUAUCUGACGCAUCUACUGCUGGUCCAACGACUCCGGGAAGCCCCAUGUGGUCAAGGCACGGGUUUGAAUUGGCACCGAUCAGUCCUCAGACUGAGAAACCGACGCGCCGAUCGCCUCGUACUGAGGGCAAAGCCCUUCCGCAUUCGUCUCCCCCGGUCGUUGAGCGCAUCUUGCCGCCGGAUGAGCUCAUUGCGACGAUUGAUCGCAUUCGAGCUUUUGAGAUCGCCAGCGCAGACGCCGAGCCUCGAGCCUUCCCUUCCCCUGGCAUGCGAUCAGCACGACCCCGUACCAGUCCAACGCUGCUGAAGCCUGCUGCAUUUGGUCAGUCGCCAUCACCGGUGCUGAGCACAUUCGGAUCUCCCCCGACACGGGAAGCCGGUCUCUCGCCGCAUCCUGAUCGAAGCAUGGAGUCGCAGCUGCCUGCAGACCACAAGCUUGCUCCGAGACCACUGGAUGGCUUUCAACAUUCACUCCCUGCUCCACCGCGAUUGGCGAAACGGCCAAGCAGGCUACUCAUCGCGAGUGGGAUGGUGUCAAGCGCAGAGUUGACUCCUUUCGAAGCCGCACAGUCCAGUGCGGAUUCUUCAGGAAGCGCGACGCCUGUAGGCUCAGGGACUUACAGCAAGGAUGAUCUUGCUCCCCUGAAGCAGGCCGUGCCCCGUAUAUCGGCGGAAGGUGAGCGACCAUGGACCACCGGAACACGUAUUCGCGGCACCAGCUUCUCCACGAUGGGCGUCAAGAGCUCGCCUGCACCUUCUCCGACCGCUUCGCCCGUGCGAACGCGAACGACGACUUCUCUUGCCGGCACGCCAUCUUCCACACGACAUCGAUCUAGUAACCUAUCCACUUCCACUUCCACCUCGCUCUCGUCUCAGUGGGAGAACAAUUGGACGAGCCGCGACGCUGCUGCGUGCUAG